AUGGACUUAAGCCCUUCGUCGUGUUGGAAUUCAAUUCUGGAGAAAGUGAAACCGCACAUACCCACCAUCGACCCCGAUUAUUCAUCAUCUGAGAAUGAAGAGGUUAUCACCAUAUAUCAGAGGCCAGCUGGUCUUUCCCUGACGGUCCCUGAGGACUGUGGCAGUUUUUCAAUGGAAGAUGCUGAACUGGAGAAGCUGUUGAAACCUGUUGCACAAACACACCGGUCAGAGGAGACUUGCAGGCAGAGUUCGAGGAAUGUUGAUGAUGGAAUUGUAGAAAGCACUACUGCAGCUCAGUUGAGUACACGACACUCUGAUGCUGAUGUUGAGGUAGGUGGUUUUCCGAACAAUAUUGUGGACUUGAACAGAGUCAAGCUGGAUACCUUGGUGAAACCAUAUGUGGACAGCACAAAAUCUGAUGCGGGUCUCCCUGUCCUCUCAUUUGCGAGGCUCGACCAGUGGAAUCUGGAUAAUGUCCUCCAAAAUCUGAAAGAGGAUGGGCUGUCUCUCCGCCAACAUGUGUCAGUGGAACCUUCAGAAACACAUGCAGAUGGUGACAAGUACAGGUCCCAGGGGAAUAUAAUGGAGAGGCUAGUUGCUUUCUGUAAGAGCCAGUCAUCUAAGUCUGUGGCAGAGCCUGUGAAAAGUCCAAAACACAUCAGACAGAAUAAUGUGUGGAACAACAUGGCAGCAGAGAUGCAGCUGAGCUACCAGGAAUGUCCCACCGUUUAUAUUGACCUGCGUUGCUCUGAUCCUUCAAUAAAACCACCAAGAACAUCCCCAAAUCUUUCACCUGAGUCCAAGUCAACAGCCAAAUACAACACUCACCAGGAAGCACCACCUGCAAAGAAACCCAACCUGAAAGUGCACACUGGAUCGCGGAUUGGGGACAGGGAGGUGACUGGCAAGAGCGUGUUGCUUCAGAAAAUAAGAGAGAUGAAUCGAAAUGGGAAUAAAUAUCCGAAAGGAUAUACAGAUCCACCAGGCUCAGUACUAGGGAAUGAUGCAGAAAAAUUUAAAUUGAAAGACAACCCACCUCAGCCUGUAGAGUCUGCAUGUAGCCAUGACUCACAACAUGUGUGGGUAGAUAAACAAUCUUCCCCUGUACAAUCUGAGUCCAGAGAACCUAAAAUGGAAAGCCCAUCAACUGUUCAGCAAAGUUCAUUUAAAAAAGCACAGCAACGGAGUGACCAACAGAGACAACAGCUUAAGCAGACAUUACAGUGUAAACAACACCAGCAAAUUCUUAGGCAACUGGAAAUACACUGUCCAACCAAAUCUGUCUAUCAGAGGCAGUCGGCUGCUGAAAGGACUGAUGUUCUUUAUGAUUUUGAAGCAUCUCACCUACAUUCAGUCAAUUCACUACCAGAAGAUAUUGAAAGUAAGGGCUGCAUGCUCCUGAUUGUCAACCUCUCCAGUCCUGGGAUGGUUGGAGACGGAGCUCGUGGAAAAAGGAAUCCAGCUGCAACCAAAUCCCACAUCUACAACACUUUAGUGGUUUGGUUUCUGUCCUUGGUUGGCCCAGACACACUUCAUGAUGAAGACCAGGGUGGUGCAAAGGUCCCAUUCUGGGUUGCCGGACUUCAGCAGCUGUGGACAGAGGAUGGACUGGUUUUGCAUGUUUUAGCUGUGGCUCGUCACUGUUAUACACCAAGGAAACGGGACAUAGACAUCCAUGCACCGUUCUAUAACCAUGUGAGCAGGUUCCUCUUGGAGACCUCACUCACGCAAAUUGCCCCCUGGCUACCUGAGCUCCAGAUGUUGCUGGACCAACAAGCCUAUGCGUCACCCUUCCAACUGCCUUCUUCCUGUUUAAAUUGUUUUAUCUCUGCCACCUCCAACAAAAAGGUUAUAGAUAGGACAUUUGGUCUCAGUCCAGGUUUUUACUGGCAGACUGUGGAAACUCAGGAGCAUGUUUGUAAGAGGAGAGAGACCAGACCACAGCUGCACACAGAGUUAUCAGUUGCUCUGGGGAGCAAUGGCUUCUUCCUACAUCCCCUUAUAACACACUACACCCUGCAGCUUGUCGUGGACUCAGGACUCGAUGUGUGUGGUCUGCGGCUCCUUUAUCCACCACAGAGUUUCCUGAGUGACAGUGUCGGUGUUGUACCAGUUAACCGGACAGUUAAUGAGACCUGCAAGCCUGUCCUUGCGAUAGCUGUUCGGGGUCCUUAUGCCCAUUCAUUGUUCAAGGAUUUGACUAGUUCCUUAGAUCAUCUGCUGCUCAAAAAGACAGAUCCAACUUCUGUCAGCACUCUCCUCUGCAGAGGUCAAGAACAUCGACUCUUCUACUCCCCUCGACUGGCCAGUCAAGUCCACAGGGAGCUGUGCUUGUGGUUUUCAGGAAGAUUUCGAGGAGGAAGUGCACGGGAUCACAACCGGCCUCUGAAUAGUUUUGUUUUUAGAGUUGUGCCAUCAGAUGACAAAGUCAGAGGCAGCCUGUUCAGUUUAAGCAGAUCAUCUGCCUUUCUGUGUGCUACAACAAAAGCUGACAUACUCCUCGUGGUGUCACCUGUUGUGCCUCCGUGUUGUUAUGGCCAAGUGUUGGCUGUAUGUGAACGUAGAGGCUUCAGUCUUAAGGGGCUGCAGAGACUGCAGCUUCAUAGCAACCGAGCUGCAGCCCUCGGACUCACCAACCAGCAGGCAAAUGUGUUCUGCAGUCCACCUACUGUGACCCAGGAUCAGGAGGAGCUGGAGCUUCCCUCUAAAUGUCUGGUGUUGAUACUGAGGAAAGAAAAUGCAAUGCACCACAGUGUUAGUCUACCAGCAGCUUUAAUGAGAGAAUUUAAGGUUCAAAAGCUUCUGGGCUGCAUCCACUCCAGGCUUAAUGGUGUUCAUGCAUUAGAUCCAACCUUCUGUUUCCACACUGUGCCCUACAGAAGUAACCUGUUCCACACCUUUGUUAGGUGUAUGUGGUCAGUGCCAGAUCCUUCUGGUGUGAUCCUGUCCCAUCGAAAAUGUCUAUCCAAUUCCGAAACGGAGCAGGUGGUGAUUUUGACCCUGUGUGGGAAGGACAUGAGCAGAGGUCUGAGCCUCCUACACAGAGUGCUGACUGGGGGGCCGGAAGGUGAUGUACGACAUGCAGGAUUCAAGCUACUUGGCUUGAAGUGGCUGCCUGUGCUGACUCGACUUCAGGCCCAGGAGCUGAGUCCUUAUGAGGUGGGAGAGCAGCUCUGCCACGGCAGCCAGGAAAUUCUGAUGUCCUCUCCUGCUCUAGUGUGUGCUCUUAGACAGAUGGAUGCUUGUGCUCCACUGCAAAAGCUCCUACCGCACGACUGCCCUGGUAACCUGAGUGUCCUGCUGUCACCCACACCUGAAGUGGCCUUCAGACAAGCCUCCCUCUUCUUCUUUGACCAUGAGAUGAUUCCUGACCACAGCGUACGCCCACUACUGAAGUUCCCUCCCCAAAACUGCAGUACAAAAGAUCCACAGAUGCUGCUCACUGUGUGCCUGUUCAAGCCGAGAGCCUGGAAUCACGCUCUGACCAAAAUAAUCCACCAACUCCAGCAGAGAGGCCUCAUGUUGGUCGGCCUGCGAGUAGUGACCCUGGACGAAAGUGAUGCUACCUCCCUAAUACCCGCAGAAAGUGAGCCCUCAGACUUGGAGGCCCACGUGGAGUACCUGUGCUCUGGUUCCUCACUGGCUCUCUGCCUCCAGGGAGAAAAUGCUGUCAGGAGGUUGCUGGACAUGCUGGGCCAGGAGGAUUCAUCCCCCUGGACAGACUGUUACGGAUCGGGAUCAUAUCAGAAAGCAACUGAGGAUGUGAAAAGGUUUUUCCCAGAUGGGCUAUGCUGUGCUGAGACCAGCACAAUGAGACGGGAACAGAUUCUCAGCAUGUGUUCAGACCCUUUAGCGUCUGUGGAGCGUGAACAGAGCUGCACACUAGCCCCUGGGGCCCAGGAAACACUGUCACCUUCAGAAGCAUCGGGACCAAAUGGAGGGUCCCUGAUACACAGUCCUCUCUGGCAGACAACCUGUGUGCUGAUACCCUUAAAUGCCCCACUUCCCAGCCAAGUGCCACCCCAGCUGGAGAUGCUGGAGCAGCUGCUGAGGUCAGGCUGCCAUCUGGUGGCAGGGAGGAUGAGCAUAUUGGAUAACGAGCAGAGGAAACAUAUCGCUGAGACACUCAAAGUGUCAUCAAGCGUAAAGGAGAGAAUGACUCAUCUUCACACGGCCCCCUGUCUCAUCAUGGCUCUUCAAGGGGAAAAGAAUGUGACUGGCUUUAAUUUGAUCCUUGAGAGCAUUUACAAGGAAAGAUCAGACCUAGAAAAUGUGGAGAAAAUGAUUACCUACCCAGGAAGUGAGAAAGAGGCCAAGCAGCUGACAUGUUACCUAUUUGAUGCCUUGUCUCCUGAGAGCUGUCAUGCCAUUGUGCCAUAAAAUUCAAAUGUGCACAAAGACAUUUUCCAAAGAAUAAGCAGCGUCCGUAGGCAUUUUCCUAAGGUGUCUGACUCUGAAAAAUGCAUUUCAUAGUUCCAGUUAAUCCAAAAAAUGGCUGUUUGAGUUUAUAU